CCACUGCGCCGCUCAGGCAGUGGCUCACUACGAUCGAGCGGGCAUCUUAGCGAAAAAAUGUUGUCUACCCACAAGCAUUGCAAUAAAAUUGUUAGUUAUUUAGUAGAGCUAAACAUCUCUUUAUUUUCGCGAUAAGCAAUGAAGAUGAACAAAAAGUUGAACCAAGCAACAACACUUCUGUGGGCCGAAGGCCCACCUUACCAGCCUUCCGCAGGAACUAGCUGAUGAGCCGCUCGGAGGGCGGCGAACCAGCUAGUAUGCUAUAAAAAUAAAUAGCACAGCCACCCAUAUAUAUUUAUAUUGCAUUUAAUUGAAGAGUGUACAUUGAAACUGUAACAUUUAUUUUGUGAAUGCAAACCGAUCCAUGUUUUUCUCUUUCUUCUUUUUACCCACAAUCUUGCUGCUGUAGAAUUUCCGCAGUGUGGGACAAAUAAAGGACAUCUUAUCUUAUUUUAUAAUCUCCUCUCUCAAUGAGCAGCAACUUCAACAUCCUGCACCCUGGAAACUACACAAUAAACAGAAAAAAAUGCCAGAUUUUUUCUUUGUAGUUGUACAAGUAGUUUAAAAAUUAACAUGUUUGCAAAACAAUCAUCUUGACACAAUACAAAUCAGAUGAAAUAUGAAAUGCUUCUGACAUUCUGACAAGCGUAUCACAUUUUUCCUUCAAAUGAAGCAUAAUACAGUGCCAUUAGACAAAGAAUAUAUUACUUCCAUGUAACACAUAUUAUUUACCCUUUUCCUAAUUUCUGUGUUCUUUGCAUAUUUAUGACACAGCUGGACAUUCCCGGUGUAAACAGUAUGCAAUGCCCGCUCAACUUAUGUGCGCUGUGACGUCUGAGAGAGAACGCGGCUGACGUAAUAAAAGCGUGACCGAGACUGAGUGAUAGAAUAAUCGCAUGACACAAUGAGUCAAGAAUAAAAUCUAUUGGCAGCAAUUUUAAAUAAUGAUUUGUAUUGAUAUUAUUCAUUUGUUGUUGCAGCCCUAAAAUGGAUUAAUUACUCAUUCCUGACGGUUCUCGUCCUUGCGCCUGUCAUCCCUGAUUUGGUUUCCACGGCUGAACAGCUGCAUCGAUACAGUGCGCAGACAGCUGGGAGCAAGUCGUUCCCUGACAUUAAAUGAACAGCUGUUUUAUCCCUUUGACUUGUGUCUGAGUGCCGAGAUUUGGAUGGGAAACAGGCCUGCUUUCUUUCAGCUGGGACAAUGGCUGCUUGUGCCCCUCAGACUCGAGUAACAGCAGCGAGGCUGACUACGUUUUGUUGUCUCGUAUAUAUUUGAUGCGUACCAAGUGCUCUGCCUGUGUUUACUUGACUGUUCAUUAAAUGGAUCCACUAAUCUAAUUGUAACUACAUCGCCGCAAAGAGAUUUUUGAUCAUGCUAACUAUGACUAGUCUUAUUCCCAUAACAACGAGAAUAUAUCUUCCUCAGGAGCGGAUUGUGUUAAUUAGGACCUUAUUUUUCGAGACCUUUGUUUUGUGAGGUAGGAAUGCAUGCUCAAUUUCCUGCUCAGCACAACAGCUGUAUCACCAACUCCAGCUGCGACUCAAACACUAAGAGAAACUUGCUUUGUUGCCUGGAGAACGUCCUCUUAAAUAAUAAACAUAAUUUUCAUACACACACAACCACACAUUUUUGCAUUCCUUCCGUGUGUCAUUGUGUUCUACUCAUACUGUAUGUCUAUUUUUGUGCCCGGUGCAAGUAAAGCACGAAGUUCCAUCUUGUGUGCAUUAGUGGAGUUUCUUCCUUUUGUUAUUUUUGCAGACGUGCACAGUUACAAAUGGCUGCUUGCGCCGUUGCUGCUAUGAACACAGACGCAAUAGGGUGCAAAGUGUGUAUAUAACGAAGCACAAGCAGACCUCCAUUGCUGGAUGAUGCAAAUUUGGCCAGGGCGAUCACAAGUGAUCGGCUUCGAACCCAAUCGUUUCUGUCGGUGUGUGUCAACUGAAGAGUAUCGGGUGUGGAUAUUUUUUGGAAGCAGCUGUCUUGAUUGGCCACUCAUGGUACAUACUGCUUUGCAUUUUGGCUAUUCAGACGACAUACUUCUCUACUUCAUCCACUGGUAGGCUCGCAUCCUGUAAACGUUAUAAUUAUGAUUUUCUUGAGGUAUUGUUUUAAAUCGCCUUUAUAAUUUAGUCGAGUUUGUGGCUAUUUUCUUAAGCAGCUGCCUUGACUGCCCAUACUUGUGUGCACCUUGGCUGCCGAGACUCAUGCACCACUAUUUAAUCCACGUAGGCCUGCAUGUCACUGGUGUUGGGUUGGAACCUCCUAAAUUGCAGUUUCGUCAAUUUCAUAUUUUCUCACAAAUCUACACUAUUGGUCCAGACGUCAUAAUUAUUGACCAAUCUAAAGUGUUGAAAAAGGCUUGCUCUUGUUGACGAUGCAAUGUUGAACAAACAACCUGUUUUGGGGGUCUUCUGAAAAGUGAUUAUUUUGGGGGGUAUGAGGAUUCGGUCAGACAUUAGAAAUGUAUGAUUGUGAAUUUUAUUCAUUAUUUUUUUCAGGCCACCACAGCUCGCCUCAGGCUACCACCCAAAAAUGCUUCAUGUCGGCCCCUGUUCAGUUCCUGUCCUUGUCAUUAAUUAAAGAUGCGUAAAUGGAUUAUGGAUAAACAUAACCUGAAUGGUGAUAAAAUGUGGGAAAUUAGUGAGUUGGAAGAAUGUUAUAUAUCCUUGAUGGAUAGGGAUAUUUAAGAAUGUGGGUCAGGGGUAAGGUCUUUAUGGUAGUGUAAACUUUUUCCAGCAGAAAACCAAUCAGUUUAUUCAUUGCCAAAAUCCUCAUUCCAUUUCUAUAAUCCUGGUAGUUACGCUGAGUGCUCUGAACCCGUUUAGAUGCUACCACAAAUGAGUCUGCAUUUGUGCCUCUUGUCACUGCUUGCCAAUGAGUGUGUACGACGUGACAUGACUUGUUUUACAUAAUGUUCCUCAUCGCAAGCUUUCAAAGUCUUUGUUCUCUUUUAAAACAAGCCGCUCUUUUUUUCUUUUGAAGUUGUUUCCUUUUGACAUUGUCACAGCUGAUCUGGCUGAAUUUUGCUUUAAUAUGCAGUCACUGUGAAGUUUAGCGAUGUUGGUGCUUGGAUGCUGACAUCAGGUUGGAUCGUACACUAGUUUGGGGUGCAUUUCAUCCUUUCAUUCAUUCAUCUUCCGAACCGCUUGAUCCUCACUAGAUAAGCCCAAGAAGGCCGCUUGUGCGCCAGUGUGUUCGGCGACGCUCCUGCCAUUUCGGGUUUUUUUACUUUUCGCAAUGCUUGUUACCUCCCUAACAGCGUCUCGGUUGGUUUAUGAUCGCCGAUCGUUGUUAUCGAUUCAACAAUACGUCGGAGAUUCGGCCGCGUUUUGGCAAGACAGUGGUGAAAAGACGCUACCUCCGUUCUUGGCUAACCUGCCGGCUGAUCUCUUCCGCGUUCACUCGCUCCCUUCACAGAAGCGCCGCCGCCGCAGCCGCGGCCGCGGCAAAUGUAGCGGUCAGCUCAUGAAGCUAAAACGGGAUCUGAGACACACUUCGAUCGCUCCGGCAUGGUGUGCCCUCGACCCCGUCGCCUCGUGCUUGCCAACAGUCGUUGGCUCUCCCAACGCGCCACGGCGUUUCUACCCUCCACGCCUUUCUCGGGGAGGAAUCCAGCGAAAGCUCUUGAGGGAAUUCCCCCAGGCUCGGCGAUCGAAAGAGGCAAUCCCUCCCGUUGCUACUCCCACAAGGAUCGGGUUGUUAAACGCCCGGUCGCUGACGAACAAGAUCCAUAUUCUGAGGGAGUAUUUCCUUUCCAAUGACUUGGAUUUUCUGUGUCUGACGGAGACUUGGGCAGGUACUGGUGAGUACAAUGCUUCGAUUGAAUUGUUGCCACCUGACUGUGGUUUCCUCGAUACCCCGAGGACAGCAGGCCGUGGUGGAGGUACGGUGAGCAUCUUUAAGAACAAUUUCAAAUGUAAACGGUGCACAUUCACCACAUCGGCCACCAGCUUUGAAGCAACCUUCUUUGAAGUUGGUCGUGUUUUCCCGGUGCUUUGUGCUGUCAUUUACCGUCCUCCUAAAUACAACAAAGACUUUUUAAGCGAAUUUUCAACCUUUCUUGCGGAAAUCAGGCUGAGAAAUGAUCAUACCCUCCUAAUGGGGAUUUUAAUAUCCAUGUGUGCUGUCCGGAAAAAACGUUUAAAAAACUUAAGACUUAUUGACUCUUUUAAUUUUGUGCAGUAUGUGACCAGCCCGACACAUGAACAAGGACAUAUUUUAGACCUUGUCUUUGCUCAUGGUCUACCGGUGUCAAAUCUGGAAGUCCUUGAAAAUGGGAUUUCUGAUCACAUGGCAGUUUUAUUUGACGUAGUCUUAUUGCAUGCUGCUGUGAAAUCUGGCGCUCCUAGUUGUAAACGCCGAAUUUUUAACCCUUGCACUGGUAGUCGUUUCUCUGAUGCCUUUAAUAACCUUUGCGUACCCUCGUCGACACAGAGGAACUCACCUCUUGGUUCGACUCGUCAUGCCGUGCCAUCCUGGAUUUGGUGCCUCCUUCAAAAACUGUGCUCCCAAAACCUAAACCUGAGCCAUGGUUUAACGAUAUUACCCGCACAGCUAAGCAGGGGUGUCUUAUCAAAUUUGGAAAGACUGCUGGCGUAACUACCAGCUCACAGUAAAAGAGGCCAAAAGAGAAUAUCUGUCGGAUCUUAUUCUAGCUAACCCACACAACCCACGCGCACUAUUUAAAACGUACUCAAACCCCCUCUGCCUACUUGCUCGGAUUCUUCACCCGAGAUGUGCAACAGAUUCCUUCAGUUUUUCAUUGAUAAGGUCUCUACAGCUAGGACUCUGGUCUCAAAUACCGCAUCUGACCCCUCUGUACAUGUUCCAUGUUCAGCUGUACUAAAUUAUUUUGAACCUGUGUCCUUGGCGCUUUUGCAGGAUGUAGUUCGCCAGACGAAGCCAUCUGGCUCCCCUUGCGACUCUCUACCCCCGCACUUCAUUCAGGAGGUUCUCCAGAGUGUUGGCGCAUCGGUGUUGGAUAUCAAUUAACAGCAGCCUCUCUUCUGGUGUAGUUCCCCAACAGUUUAAACAUGCUGUGGUCCAACCCUUGAUCAAGAAACCUGGUCUUGAUCCAGAUGUGCUGUCAAGUUUCAGGCCCAUUUCCAAACCGCCUUUCAUUUCCAAAAUUCUGGAAAAAGUCGUGCACAUGCAGUUGAAACUUUUCUUGGAUGAACAUAACAUCUUUGAGGUCUUCCAGUCAGGUUUCAAGACGAUGCAUAGCACGGAGUCAGCCCUGUUACGUGUCUCUAAUGACAUCCUCCUGGCAAAUGACUCUGGAGACCACGUGUGCCUAGUUUUAUUUGACUUAACUGCAGCAUUUGAUACAGUGGAUCACAGUAUUCUGCUGACUCGUUUGCAGCACUUGGUGGGCAUUGGCGGCAGUGCUCUUGAGUGGUUUAGGUCCUAUCUAGCUGACAGAACCUUUUGUGUCAGCCUUGGCUGCUCUGAGUCACGCACUGCUCUACUGUCAUGUGGUGUUCCACAGGGCUCAAUUCUGGGGCCUCUGCUGUUCUCGCUGUAUCUGCUCCCAUUGGGUUCCAUCUCAAGGAAACAUGGUAUUCCCUUCCACUGCUAUGCAGAUGACUGCCAGAUCUAUGUCCCACUGAGCAAGAAAGAUGCCUUCUCAUUAAGACCACUCCUAUCCUGUCUAGAAGAAAUCAAAACCUGGAUGGCACAAAAUUUCUUGAAAUUCAACGAAAAGAAGACAGAGGUGAUAUUGUUUGGUCCCCGUGGCCCAUUCCAUCCUGUAGACUUGGGCCCCCUGUCUCCUUAUCUGAAAUCAACGGUCUCAAACUUGGGCCUCAAAACUGGACAGUGAUUUCAAACUCGAUCGGCAAAUUGGUGCCGUUGUUAAAUCCAGCUUCUUUCAACUUAAGACAGCUGGCCAAAAUAAAACCUCUCCUCUCACAUGAACACUUUGAGACAGUAAUUCAUGCCUUUGUCACAUCCCGGCUCGAUUACUGCAACGCCCUUUACUUUGGAGUCACCCAGUCCUCCAUUAAGCGCCUUCAGCUGGUCCAGAAUGCCGCUGCUCGCCUCUUGACUGGUACUCGUAAGAGGGAGCACAUAACUCCUACUCUGGCAUCCCCUCACUGGCUCCCCAUUCAUUUUAGAGUUCUUUUCAAGAUCCUCCUCUUUGUUUUCAAAUCUCUGAAUAAUCUCGCGCCACCUUACCUCUCUGAGCUCAUCCGCCCCUACACAUCUGCCCGGCGCCUCAGGUCUGUGGACCAGACAUUAUUAGAAGUACCAAGAACUAAACUGAGGCUCAGAGGGGAUUGAGCCUUUUCUGUUGCCGGUCCCUCUCUCUGGAAUGACCUCCCACUGAACAUUCGACAAGCCUCCUCGCUGCCCAUCUUCAAAGCCUUCCUCAAAACUUACUUGUAUUCUUUGGCAUUCAACUCAGCAUGACUUAGAUUUGUUCUUGGUUUUACUGUUUGGUGCUUUCUACCGCCUUUAUUACCGAUUUGUCUUACUGUUUAUUGUGCAUGUUAAAUUGCUCCAUGUACAGCACUUUGUAUGCAGCGAUGGCUGUUUGAAAGUGCUCUAUAAAUACUGUUGACUUGACUU